UCCCCGCCAAAGAAGCCUCUCAUCACCGCUUGUUCCAGUCUCCUCGUUCUCUUCCCCCUGUUUUAUUCCACGCCCUAUCCUUUAUUCGCUGUUCCAAUCCCUCUAUUGCACUCAAUUUUCCGGCAGACCGUUCCAAAGCCUAGAAAAUUAAACAAGGGUCGGUCAAUGAUAAAAUGAGCCGACCAACAACCCGAAGUAAAAAUAAAAGAAACAGGCAGGUGGAGAAUGAUGAUACAACUACUGAAAUAUUAAGGAAAAUUCAUCUGACAGGUGAAAUAACUGAUGAUGAUGUAAAUCAGCUGUACAUGAUCACUAAACCGGUUUGCCAGGGAUGUCGUGUGAAUACUAAGGACAACCCUAAUUGCUUUUGUGGGUUGACUCCAUCUCCAAAUGGAAGUAGGAAAACUGGCUUAUGGCAGAAAAAUUCGGAUAUUGUCCAGGCCCUUGGUCCAGAUCCAUGUAAAGAUCUCCGUACUUCUGCUCAUUCACCUGCUGGUCUUACAAAUCUGGGUGCAACAUGCUAUGCUAACAGCAUUCUACAGUGCCUGUACAUGAACAAAUCAUUUCGACAAGGUGUUUUCUCUGUUGAACCUGAUGUUUUGAAUAAACAUCCUGUCUUAGAUCAACUUACACGACUUUUUGCGCAACUGUAUGCUAGUAAAAUGGCUUUCAUUGACUCUGCGCCAUUUAUAAAAACACUUGAGUUAGAUAAUGGAGUUCAACAGGACAGCCAUGAAUUUCUGACCUUGCUUUUUUCUUUGCUUGAACAAUGUCUAAGUGAUUCUAAAAUUCCCAAGGCAAGGACAAUUGUUCAAGAUCUCUUUCGAGGAAGUGUAUCACAUGUUACAAUGUGCUCAAAAUGUGGCAAAGAUUCUGAAGCUUCUUCAAAUAUGGAAGAUUUUUAUGAGCUUGAGUUGAAUGUCAAGGGCCUGAAAACUCUAGAAGAGAGUUUAACUGAUUACCUGAGCGUGGAAGAGCUGCAUGGCGAUAAUCAAUAUUUUUGUGAGUCAUGCAACACAAGAGUUGAUGCUUCUCGCAGUAUCAAGCUGCGCUCACUGCCUAAUGUGCUUAAUUUCCAGCUUAAGCGCUAUGAUUUCCUUCAAAAGACUACGUCAAAGAAGAAGAUCACUUCUGUAUUCUCCUUUCCUGGGAAGCUAGAUAUGCGGGGGAGGUUGUCGAAGCCUUCUCAAGUGGAGUUAAUAUACGACUUGUCAGCAGUUCUUAUUCACAAAGGAACUGCCACAAACAGUGGCCACUACAUAGCUCAUAUUAAGGAUGAGAAUACAAGGCAGUGGUGGGAGUUUGAUGAUGAGCAUGUCUCAAACUUGGGUCAUCAUCUUGGAGAAGGCUCUUCAACUUCCUAUACUAAAUCUAAUCGAACCGAUCCAUUUCAUUCGUCUUGCAUAGGAGUCGGUGGCACUGCAAAUGGAAAUCAUUUGGAUCCCAUUAAGCUGCAACAUGAAGAAUCUAGUGGUGGGAGUCAUGUAGAGAUGUUUUCAUCUACUGAUGCCUACAUGCUAAUGUAUAAUCUUAGUUGUGUUAAGAAGAAUAGUGCCAACACAAUGGAAAUAGAAGGGGAUGCAGUUUUCUUACAUGAUGGAAUUUUGCUUCCAUCUCAUCUUUGUCAGGAGAUAACAAACUUGAAUUCAUCAUAUGUUGAUGCUUGUGAACAAUUCAAAUUGAAAAAGAAAAGAGAACUAGAACACAUAGCUGAAAGGAGACAGGAAGUGAGAUCAGUGCUAUCUGAAGCUCCCGUUCAUUCUGUUGAAGAACCAUUCUAUUGGAUUUGCACUGAUUGGCUUCGUCAAUGGGCUGAUAAUAUUUCUCCACCUGUCUUAGAUAAUUCAUCUAUCCAAUGUUCUCAUGGAAAAUUACCGAUUUCCAAAGCUGGCUCUGUGAAGCGGUUGUCAGCUGAAGCCUGGAUGAAAUUGUUCUCUAAGUACAAUGGGGGGCCAACAUUUGCCAGAGAUGACUACUGCAUGGACUGCCUUAUUGAUGUAGCACAUGUACGCCUUCUGGAGAGGCCACCUAAAGUGGCUUACAAACGUGGUUCCUUUUUCCAGAAGGGUUCUUCUACAGAUAGGUUGACCAUUAUCACUGAGCAUGACUGGAAAUGCUUUUGUGAAGAAUGGGGUGGUACUGAGGAGAAUGGCAUAUCUGUUAUGAUUGAGCUCAGUAGCUCUAAUGAUUUGGCUGGAUGCUGUGGGGACAUGUCAAUAUGUGAGCAGCAGCUUGAUCUUUCAAAUGAAGUAAAUAAUGAGAUCGAGUCUAGACAGCCAGUGGUUAGGACCUGCCCGGAGGUAUGUGAGGAGUGCAUUGGAGAAAGAGAAAGCUGUGAGUUGAUGCAAAAGCUUAACUAUACUGAUGAAGAAAUUUAUGUAUAUCUCAUACGUGGAAAAGAAGCACCAAAGUCAAUAUUACAAGCAUCUGAGUCCUCUGAGCCUGAUCGACGAACCUUCAAGCGAUUUCGGAGGACAAACAGUGGAAAUUUAGUAAAUUUAAAAGUUUCUGCAGCUACAUCAAUAUACCAGUUGAAAAUGAUAUGGGAAUCACUUGGGGUUGUUAAGGAAAAUCAAAUACUUCACAAAGGAUCCCGUAUAAUUGAUCAGGAAACUGCUACCCUAGCUGACAUGAAUAUAUUUCCUGGAGAUAGGCUUUGGGUGAAAGAUUCUGAAAUCCAUGAAGAUCGAGAUAUUGCCGAUGAGCUUUCUGACCGGAAAUUGAAUGUUGAAAAUGUUGAAGGAUUUCGGGGAACACUACUGAUGGCAAAUAUUUCGUCUCAAGUUGUUUAGAUGAAGUAUUCUCCUUUUUUUUCCAUUACAAGAUCCUACUAUUUGUAGAUAUUGAUGCUGGAAGUAAUCUUGGAAUGUUUUGAUUUGCGUGUUAGGAGAUAUUAGGAACGGUUGCUGCUUGGAGGAAUUAUAAUGUGAUGCAAUGUCCCAUCCCCAGCCCAAUUUUGUGCCUUGAUAAUUUCCAGAAAACCGUAGGACCUAGACAACCAUGGCAGAAGAGAACAAACGUGUGGUGACCACAGACGCAGCGAUAGAAGAAGGUAAAAGAAAAAAGAACUUUUAUUA